AUGGACGAAGCUAUCGAGUUCUUUACUACAAUCUCUGGUGCUGGCCCAGAUGUCGCGCGGCGAUAUCUAGCGUUGACGGACAACAACCCCGAGCAAGCUAUUCAGCUCUUCUUCGACUCUCCGGACCUUGCAACCGGUGCUGAACAGGCAUUCCAACCGCCACCACCGCCAGUACCUAGCUCUACAAGACCUCAAGCACAAGCCGCAGGCGAUGGCACAUCAAGUGCGAGUAAGGCCAUCCCCACGGACACGGACGACGAGGACCUUAUGGAUGUGGACUCUGAUGAUGGCGGCUACGACGAUGUCCGAGCUUUAGCUGCAAGCAGAGCAGCAGCAGUGGAAGACGAUGCGGCUAUGGCCAGAAGAAUUCAGGAGGAGAUGUAUGCUGGUGGUGAUGCUAGUGGGGGCUAUGACGCGGAUGGAGUCAGAGCACCUAUUGGACGAACAACAGAGACUCUUGUAGGAGGACCAGGUCGUAACUUCAACGGUGUUGAUGACCAUCCGGCGAUGUUGCAACAUAUGAGAUCAGCGCAAGGCAGAGCCUCUCGGCUCGGAAUUUUUAACCAAUUACCUGUUCCUUCGAUUUGGGAAUCUGAAAAUCCCGAUGUGCGUCGCGAAGGUCUUGCCCAGGCCACUGGUGGUGUCUCCGAAUCUUCGUCCAAGAACGCCCGCCUCGCACAACUGUUCCGACCUCCGUUCGAGCUGAUGCUCCAGGUACCUUUCGACGUUGCGAAGGAUAAAGGAAAGAAGAACGAGAAGUGGAUUCUGGUCAACGUGCAGGACCCUUCAUUCUUUGACUGCCAGCAGCUUAACCGGGAUAUCUGGAAGCACGAUGGGAUCAAGGAGCUGGUUAAGGAGAACUUUAUUUUUGUUCAAUACUCCAAGGACGACCCCCGAGGCGCACAGUAUGUCCAAUAUUACUUCCCCCUGAGGGAUAGUGACUCUGCAUAUCCCCAUAUCGCCAUCGUGGAUCCCAGAACAGGAGAGCAAGUCAAGGUUUGGUCGGGACCACCAGUACCCAAAGCUGGAGAUUUUCUUAUGCAAUUGGUUGAGUUCCUUGAUCGGUACAGCUUGGACCAUACCAAGAAGAACCCGGUGGCAAAGCGGAAGCCUGAGAAAUCUAAGUCUGUGGAUGUGGAUCGCCUUACGGAGGAGGAGAUGCUGGACUUGGCCCUACAGAAUAGCUUAGCGAGCAACGGCGUACCCGGACCCAAGCCAGAUGACCCAGAUGACCUAACGAAGAGCUUCACCGAUGGAGGAAAGGGGAAGGGAAAGGAAGUCGAGCAGGUACCAUCAGAAGAGGGACCCGUCGCUUCGUCACUCAACUCCCCAUUCUUCCAGAUAUCUUCGAGCAACCCUCAUGUAGAACCUGCUCCUGGAGCUGGCGUGGUCCGCAUCCAAUUUAGGCACUCCAACGGCCGCGUCGUACGGCGGUUCAGAUCUGACGACGUGGUUCGGAGCAUCUACGAGUGGCUCAAGGCAGAUCCCCUGGAAGGGAAGGUUGGGAUUCAGUUCGAUCUGAAGACUAUGGGGAAGGACUUGAUCGAGCAUUUAGAAGAAACGAUUCAAGAUGCUGGGCUCAGCAACGGUACGGUGAUGGUGGAAUUCUUGGAGGAUUAA